AUGCCCGCGCGGCUUUCUACGAGACCAUGCCUCUCGCUCGGGGAGCCCGAACAAUCGGGCUCACUCGAAUUCACAAAGCAGCCCUUAGCUGCUGUCCCAGGCUCCGACAGUGAAGCUCUGAGCAGCAGUGACGGGAAUGACCUGCCUCGACCACUGUCCUUGCUUACGAGUCUGCUGUCGUCACCCAAGAGCGGGGAACGGGGAAAGCGCUGCGACCACCUGUCUGGUCCUUCUGCCUCCUCCUCCCCCCCUUCGACUGCAUUUGGGAGCCCCCGGAUAAAGGAGGAACCUGUUUCCAUACUGCGUCGAGGCAGUAUCUCAGACGGCGAGGUUUUCCAUUUGCCAUCCGCCAAGGCAACCGCGGCCCCGUCCACGCCAGAAGAGCCACCGCGUCCGGCGCUCAAAUUUGCUGUAGCGACGCGCCAGUCUCCCCACAGACCGCACUGUGUCGCAGACUUCCUUGACACUCAUGAACCUCUGGACCCGGGGUAUGUCGAGGAUUCAGAGGACGGCAUGUCGGAUUCUGAGGAGGACGAGCCAGCCUUCCUUCUAAACUCUCGCAACCUAGCUCUGGACAAGGCAUUGUCCUUGCUGGAAAACAGAACCAAGUCUCCCCCUCCUCCGCGAAUAUAUCGCCCAAAUCAUGCCUCAGACAAGGCGAUCGAAGGCCGCGGGAGAGCUCACGUUCGAGUGGACCCAUCGGCAGUGCAGAGCCACAACAGUUGCUCUCGCCACUGCAGUCCCCCGCCAGCGGAACCGGAACCGCUGCGACCCGCCCUUCCCGGCCCUCGCGAAGGUAGGGCCGGCAGCCCUGCUCCUUCGCAGGACAUCCUGUCCUAUUUGGCGGAUGAGGAGGACGAGGACGACGAAGGAUCCGAGGAAAGCGGUGAAGAGAGCUCCGAACCUCGACCUGCCUCGCGAAAGGAUGCGGUACAGCAGGGGCAAUCCGCUGAGGUGUUCGACUCUUCAGACGAAGAACCCACCCGCGGCUUGCGUCACAUGUUGCGACGGGCAUCCGAACAUAUCCCAGCUUUCCGCAGACGCUCUUUCGGCUGGACAGUUGGCGAUAACGGAACGAGUCGCUCCUCCGCAGAGCUGACUCCAGCGGCUGGGAAUGUCCUGCGGGCCCGUUCGCUCUCUACGGGCCCUAUCCGCAUCGGUGGCAACGGUUCGGCUACUUCGGGGGUCCGCAGCCAGCCGUUGCCCUGUCCUGGUCGACCCUCCAUGAGGACUUCGGUGGUCCCGACCUCGAUCUAUCACUACUCCGCCUUCCCGGCACAUCACAUCACAUCACACUCCUGUUUCCACGCUCAACAUCUUUCUAACAGCGCUGAGCUCGCAAAACUUGCGUUCUUCUCCAACUCUGAUCCUGUAUCGUCCAAGUCAAUCCCUCUUCAGCCUUUGCCGUCGGAAAGCACAUCAAGUCCGAUGACGUCUCCGGGCCAAGCCGAUACCUUCCCGCGAGCCAGGCGUCCUUCCCUCCAAAUGCCUGGAGCUUCUCCUCAAACCGGCUCCUCGCCUCGUGCCAUACCGAGCACUGCUUCAUCCCCGAGGUCCGCAUCCAUCAGCACGUCCCCCCGUGCUGUUCCGGUGGCCGCAUCUCCACGAGCUGUCCCGCUCCCCGUUCCGCAGCGCCAUGGCAGUGUCAACCGCGGGUCAUUCGGCUCGUUGUCGGAAGCCGCAGCCUUCUCUCCUCGCCAAUGGAACUCUCACCGAAGAGGUUCGGGGUCCUUGAGCGGAUCGGUAUCUCUGAGCAGCUCUUUCGUAUUAGAACCGGAGAUGACCGACCAGACGGACGGCUGGCUAGACGUUCCGGCUGCUGACGUAGCGAAAGAAGCCGCCGUUGUGGUGGCCGGAGACAUGGGUCUUGAGCAGGCAACAGAGUUUGCCGAUCUCAACACUGUGCUGCUACUUGUGCUGGCGUCUGCUGCCCAAGUCUCGGUAGACAUUCUGGAUGAUCGCUCCAAGGACGUGGUCUCUCGCUUGAAGCGCGGCAUUCGUGUCAGUGUCGGAGCCGUGUGCGACAUAUCACAGAAGAACCCCUGUCACUCCUUUCCGCCAGAGACACCGCUCAGUCGACUGCUUCCACUGUUUGCCUCUGGAAUUCAUCGCGUUGUUUUGUCCUCGAAUCCUCCUAGGAUCCUGAGUGACGCUCUACUACUCGCCUAUCUUGUCCGUCGGCCGCCAACCUUGUUCCGCAAAGCACUGCAGGAGAUCAACGUACCUCUGCAUCCUCUCGUCUCACUUCCCGCGUCGUCAUCGGUUCUCGAUGCCAUGCAGGUCAUGAGCUUGAAUGGAUUGAGCGCUCUCGGUGUUGUCACGGGGACUGGAGAGCGCGAAGGCGAGUUGUGUGCCCUGACGGGCGUUGUCACGACAGCCGACUGUGCCAGGCUUGUGGUUCCCAGUGAGGGCAAGCAAGCGCUCGGUAUGGGCUUGGGAGACAUGUGCAAGAAUGUUCUCGUGGGUCACCCAGAAGGGCGUGAUCGUGGCGAGGAGCGUGUACCUGGUUAG